AUGUUGCUCCCAUCUGCCUUCGCUUGCGAUGGGGGACAAUUCAUACCCGACUCGAGGCCUCAGCGGCCCAAGCUACCCUCUUUCGCCGCAUACCAACCACUACUACUAGCACCAUCCGCGCAAUCGCGUCCGAGCCCGCUGUCCUCAAGCUGUCGCGCGCUACAUGCCAUCCUAGGCGCUCCACCGACGAUAGAACACUCGAUACCGAGUCCUCCACGUCAACUACAAGAUCCUUUCAAAGUCGCUCCGCCAACUUUCGCCGCGAGUCACGCACAACCCCCGUCGGCACCUCACAGAGGCGCAAACAAAAGACGGCGAAGUGAUUUCGAGGCUGACCUCGCCCCCUCAGAUACCAUUAUGCAAGAUUGCCCACAGACACCACAGCCCGUCCGGACUCCAAAGAGGCGAAGGAAGGUCCCCCUAUACAUGCCAAUGGGCCUGUCGGCCGAGGACUUCCACGCUCUCGAGACACCAACCGAGGAGACCCCGGAAGACGACCUUGACAUGCCUGUCAUCAGUCCAAUCGCAAGCAACAACCAUUCAGACCGUGAUUCCGCCUACGGAUCAUCACCUUCAAUAGAAGACCCAGCCUGGACAAUUGCCGACGACAGAAUGCUCGUCGAGACAGUACUCGAAAAGCUAAAACUUUCAAAACGCGACUGGAACGAGUGCGCAAGGAAACUAGGGAAGGACAAGGAUAGCCUGGGUAGGCGGUGGAGUCUCCUCGUGGGAGAAGGCAAUGUCGGCCUCAGGAGAGGACGCAGGAUCUCCAGAACAGAUUUGGACAUCGCAUCUUGGUAG